AUGGCGCAAGAGGCUGAGAACUGCGACCCCAUCGGAACCAUCUUAAUCCAGGUCCAUGAAGACCUUUAUCAGUUAAAGGAGAAAUUAACAAACUUCCCACUUGAGGAAAAAGGAGAGACUUUAGACAUUCGGAAUCUUGAAACAGCAAUCAAAAGGACUGAAGUGGGGUUAAAAAUUCACAUUGAGAAGUAUUUAAAUGUUGUAAACCAACACGUGUUAACGAUUCCUGUUAACGAUGAUAGCGUAUAUUCUCCUCACACUUCCAAAUGGUUGCUUCCAGCUGUAAUUGAUCAGAAAUUAUUUAUUUUCCCUCUGGAAUCUGAGGGUAAACUUUGGAAACCCCAAAAACAGCACAGUACAUUUCCACAUCCCUUUCCAAGAGUAAAGGUGAAGGUUCAGAAGUUAAUAAAAGGGUCCACCACUUCCAACCUCACGGUUCUGCCAGCUUCUCAUCGCACAAGUCCCUAUUUCAUCCCCGUACCGGUCUUACAAGAGGACGCCAGUAAAGGGGUUUUAAGUAUGAUAGAGCGAGGAUUGAUUCCACCAACAGCAAGGAUUACCUUUCAGAAUCCACCCGUUUUACCAAGAGCGGCUCCUCUGCAUAAUUUUGGUGAAGCACAUAGGAUUCCAGCUGCCGCCCCUUUCGCUACAUCUCGGAAAUCACAGCAGACUCCAGCAGAAGUGAAGAUCUCUCCCAAGAAACAAAGAUCGAAGGGGAAAGGCAAAAGGUCAAGAGGACAUCAUGAUAAGAAGGCCAUGAAAGCCACAAUAUCUUCUAGGGCUCUGAAGUCACCGUGGGAUUAUGACUUUUUCAUUUAUAACGGCGUCAUAGACAAGACAGCCCCGGACUUCUUAGCAUUCAAGGAAUAUUUUAGUUUCUCUUGGGGAAGUAUUUUUUCUCUCUUGGAGCACAUCGAGCAGUUUCUCAGGGACUAUGCAAUCCCGGAAGUCAAGAUAAAAGGCGAUAGUUUGGUAGCUCUCCUUCCUGACUUUGAGCUGAAGAAUAGACUCAGCAGAAGUGACCUUCUCUCAGUGUUAGAGGACCCAGCUCACGUCCAAAAGUUGUUAAACCUUCCGGGGCAAAGGUACAAGGGCCAAGACGGAAAGGUAAAGGCUGUUGCCAAGAUCCAAGCCACGUGGAAAUGCUACAAAGCAAGAAAAUUCUUCCUCACUUAUCGCCAGCGGAAGUGGGCGUCAGGGGUGAUCGCCAUUGCCUGGCUCCUACACUGCCAUAAGUCCCGAGUGAAGAAGAUCCUGAAGGAGUCUCGGGAAAGACACCUGGAGAAUUUCCGCAUCCGAGCCAAGCAUCUGGCAGCCAACUGGAAUCGCAUCAGGACCUCCAGGAGGACUAUUAUCCAUAUCCCAUCAUUAGGAUAUUCCCGGCCUGUGCGACAAAAUAUUGCCGACUUCAACACACAGCAGAACAUGCAGCUGGGGAGGCUGUGUGACAUCUUAGAUGCCAACGUGAGCGUCAUCUACAUCUGCUCCCAUCAAAUGAGUGAUGAGCUACUGCAGUAUUACAAUAAAAUCCUGAGUCUACAGGCAGCUGUCAAAUCUGGGAACCUGAAGGACAGAAGUGACCUGCAGGACAGGUUCAAAAUUAUCACCCCUGAAGCUGUAAACAUCUUCACUAAGCAUCGUAUGUGCCUGGCCACUCUCCUAAUGUACAGUCCCAAGGCAAUGAAAAGAAUAAAAAAUCUCAUCCAGGGAAAAGACGCCUACAUCGUCGGUGGGUUCCUCCACAGAGAUGAUUUAGCUGUGGCGGAUAUGUUAAACAUACCCAUCCUGGGCCCGGAACCUGAGCUGGCUCAUCUUUAUAGUACCAAGUCCGGAAGUAAACGGAUCUUUGAAAGCGCCAAUGUGCCAGUCCCUCCUGGAAUAUAUGACAUCUUUAGUCACCAACAGAUGAUAGAACAGCUGAGUCAGCUGAUUACCGAUCACCUGGAAAUCCAGCGCUGGCUCUUUAAAAUGGACUAUGAGCUCAGAGGAAACGGGACUGCAUUCUGUGACAUUCCUUCCCACCUAAAGUGCUACAAGUGGAUCCUAAAGGAGAGGGGCAAAUAUGGCCGUGAAGACUGGAGCAAGAAAUGGGCGCAAGAGCCAGCUUUGGUGAAGAUCUCCGAGGAGCUGGCGGGCAUUUUAGCACAGCACGCACAGCCAGUCAAUGAGAAACGGUUCCCGACGUGGGGGAAAUUCUUCCAAACAUUUCUCAGUCAAGGAGGCGUGGUCGAAGCGUACCCACCUGCAGAAAGCAUCACCAACCUGACGGUGGACAUGCUGAUAGAGCCCAACGGAGAGAUCCAGCUGCUGUCAACGGGGGACCAGUUUCAUGCCGAUGGCCCCUUCAUCUCCUCUGGAACCACCGUGCCUCAGGCCUCGGUGGAUCCCCAAGUCCUCAGUUCUUUGUGCCUCCAAAUUGGAAAUGCUUGCAAAAUGAGAAAUGUGGUUGGCUACCUUUCUAUAGACCUGGUGACUUUUAUUCACCCCAAGACCAUGGAACAGCAGGUGUGGGCGACAGGCCUCAAGCUCUCCUACAGUGACCAGCUGGCCCUGACUCAGCUCACCUUAUACCUGACCAACGGCCAUCUGGAUUGCAGUCUAAGCACUCUUAACGUGCCCCGCUUUGUCCCCAAGAAAGAGAAGAAAACGAGACGCCUUAAUGCCCCAUCAGUGCCGUCGCUGGCAGCCAGCCGCUAUGCAAUGAUGAGCACCCAGCUGAAGCACAACAAUCUCUCACUGGUUUUCCACUAUGUUUUUCUCCAGAUGUGUAAGGCCCACGGCAUCGGCUAUGACAUUGAGGAAAGACAAGGAACUGUUUUUAUAUUAUACGAACACCUGAAGAGAGACAAGUUUGGAAUGUUAACAAUCGGUGAGAAUCUCCAGGGGGUCCUCGUGACCUUUGCUCGCAAUCUCUUCAUCAUCCAUCAAGAAAUAUCAGCACCUAAUAUGCAAGGCGAGACCAAUUUUAAGACCGCCAUUGAUGAUAUUGAAGACAUUCUAGGAGUAACAGAGGAAAACAAAUUGAGAUUUCAAGAAGAGCUACAGUCCAAAGAUGACAAAAACCUCUCUAAAUCUGAUAAAUGA